AGGCUCAUGGGAGUACGGACCUGGAAACAGACACACAGGAGCUGUCCACAUUUAACUCGAAUUGCCUUUUUCACUCAGAGCCUGCCCAUUCACCCCGCCUCCCUUGCACAGCAGGAAUGUGAAAUGCACCUGAACUGGAUCCUACACGAGGAAGAUUGACUGCUGAAAGUCACGAAUCCACCUGUUCCGGGACAGAAGUGUCCCUGUCAGAUCCGCGCAAAAGCAUUAUCCAUUCGUUUCAUUUGCCUAAUCCCCGUCAACUGUGAAGAAACUGAAGGCAGCUCGUAAACGCGUGUACAACAAUGUUUGACUGCUGCGUGUCAGGUGAGGAAGCGGAGAGACUCAGGAUACACAGAGAAAUAGAGAGACAACUUCGUCGUGAUAAAACAGCCUCUCACCGGGAGUUGAAGUUGCUGCUGUUAGGGACUGGUGAAAGUGGGAAGAGUACUUUCAUCAAACAGAUGAGGAUCAUCCAUGGCACUGGAUACAGUGAAGCUGACAGGAAAGGUUUCACUCGGCUUGUGUUUCAGAACAUCGUCAAAGCCAUUCAGGCGCUGAUCCACGCCAUGGAGACUCUACAGAUUGACUACAUCAGUGACCAGAACAUUCUCCACGCACAGAAGUUGAGCCAAGUAGAGGCAGACCGGGUGUCCACUUUGGAGGCUUGGCAGGUGGACGCCAUUAAGAGAGUGUGGAGUGACCAUGGUGUUCAAAUAUGCUACGACCGCAGGAGGGAAUUCCAGUUAUCUGACUCUGCCAAAUAUUACCUGACCGACUUGGACAGAAUCACAGCCCCGUUUUACAUCCCCACCCUGCAGGACAUCUUGAGGGUCAGGGUCCCCACCACGGGGAUCAUAGAGUACCCCUUUGACCUUUCAAAAGUUAUCUUCAGGAUGGUGGAUGUGGGUGGUCAGCGUUCAGAGCGGAAGAAAUGGAUCCACUGUUUUGAGAAUGUCACGUCCAUCAUUUUUCUGGCGGCCCUCAGCGAGUACGAUCAAGUCCUUUACGAGAGUGAGAAUGAUAAUCGACUGAGAGAGAGCCUUGCCUUGUUCAAGACCAUCCUCUCAUAUUCUUGGUUCCAAGAAUCCUCCACUAUCCUCUUCCUGAACAAAGCAGACUUGCUACAGGAGAAAAUCACAAAGUCUCAUUUGGCAACCUACUUCCCAGACUUUACUGGGCCUCAGCAUGAUGCUGAAUCUGCAAAAAAGUUUAUCUUGGAAAUGUACAAGGAACGGCAUUGCGGGCACCCUAAACGCCUUUACACACACUACACCUGCGCCACGGAUACAGAGAACAUCCGGAUUGUCUUUAAGGCCGUCAAGGACACAAUCUUCAGAGAAAACCUGGGCAAGUUCAACCUCGAAUAAGGAGGUUGUAGGACAAAGUGAUCACUUGAUCUCAUCAUUUGGAACAAGAAAACUGGUACAGUCACAUGCUGUAACACCUUUGUGGACAUUUUAUCUGUUAUGUGCUCCCAGUUGUAGCUUGUUCAACAACAUGAGGCAGUCAGACAUCAGUGUCAGGUAAGGAACAUUUCUCAGACACAGACAGUAUGUGCCAUUUUUUUGCAACACAGUUCAUCAUAUGUGGUAUAAAAAACACAUGUUGUAUAGCUAAAAGAGAGGAAUGGACUAUUGAAAUGUUAAUUGUUGUACUGAACUGUUAGACAGGCUCCUUUUAUACCAUUACUGUUUGACAGAGAACUAAAUGGAGUUGAACUAGUAUGAUAAAAUCAUAUAGAAUGCAACCUUCCCUGUCUUACAUCUCUGGGAGGAGGAAGAAACCUGCCUUAGAUUAUACAUAUGAUAAUGUUUUUAUGUGUGCAACAACAACCACGUAGCCUGUGACAUUCUUUUUUCCCCACUGUUGCUAACUUUAAAAUAUAGAUAUUAAAAACCACAAAUUGUUUUUAAACAAACUGGGUUCUGUGUUGUCCUGGUCUCUAUGCAUAUAACUUAAUUUUGACAUUAAAUAAAUAUACAUAUGUUUCCAUA